GCCUGUAUUCGAUUCGUUUACAUAUCGAGUCAGCCGUACGUAAUGGUGGUAUCGAUUCGAUGCGAUUCAAUUCGGACGUUCGAGAGUACAUGAUGUUCUCAUCUUCCCUCCUUUUUUUGGGUCCUUCAAAACAGUCCCGAACCCGUUUUCUCCUAUUACGUUUCUGUCCCGCAAACCCUAAACCCCUCCCCAUCCAUCCACCAUUGGAGAUUUGCAUUUCCUGAGCCCUAAAUCGCCCGAGUCUGCACAUGUCAGAGCGUUUUGACCCAUUGCACAUCAAUCCUGAUUCCUUUGUUGGCGCCUCGCCCAUCAAUUGACAAUAAUACAAAUUGAAUGCAGUUUCCCUGUUGGUCAACUUUUGACUGACAGCUGACCGGAAAUCUGGUGCUGAGUUUACUAUGAGUUUGCUAUGCUUAUUAGCAGAAUUAUCUGAGCAAGUUGGCCUGAAAAAAAAGAAAAAAGAAAUGGCUUCUGAAUUUUGAUCUCCAUCACUUCGGAGCAAUUGUAGGAUCUUGUUGAUUAUAUUUGCUUCAUCCUCAUCUGCAAGUGAAUGCGGAAGGCAUGACCACAGAAAAAUAUUUGAUUCACUUGGAGAUGAGCGGACAUGAAUAGGCUGUCAUUCAGGCCUCGUCCUCUUGACAUUCAUAAGAAACUUCCAAUUGUCAAAUCUGUCAAGGACUUUGAAGAUGAAGAAACCACAACUUCUACACGCAACUCACAGAUACUCCGCCUCGCUGCAGAGGCUGAUAAUGAGGUACAUCAAAUUCCUAGUAAGAAGAGCACUCCUGAAAUACCUACUCCUCAGUUUGUUGUUGUGGAUACAUAUGAAAGAGAUUAUUCCCGCACCUUCACCCAGCCAACAUCUUAUUUACGCGGCAGGGGAGUUCGAUCUGAGCUUGGAGAGUUUGUUGAGUAUGAUCUGGACAAUGUGGACGAGGAUUGGCUUCGAGAAUUCAACAAUGAAAGGAAGAUUCUUUCACCUGAAAAGUAA